UCCGAGCGCGUUCCCAUCACCGGAGAAGAGAGCGUAAGACGGCGGCAGAAAGCGAAAUAUACCCCAAAUCUGCGGUUAUCUCUAAAUAUCCUCACACGAAAUCCCGCUAAGAUGUCCGAGGAAAAGCCAAAGGAAGGUGUGAAGACAGAGAAUGAUCACAUCAACCUGAAGGUUGCAGGGCAGGACGGUUCCGUGGUCCAGUUUAAAAUCAAAAGACACACACCCCUCAGCAAACUAAUGAAAGCGUACUGCGAACGACAGGGGGUCUCAAUAAGGCAGAUCAGGUUCAGGUUCGAUGGUCAACCUAUUAAUGAGACGGAUACACCUGCACAGCUCGAAAUGGAAGAUGAAGACACCAUAGAUGUUUUCCAACAGCAGACAGGAGGGCACUGCUAAGCCCCACCCACCUCAGUGAUGACCACCCUUAUACCAUGCCCUCAGCCGACUCCACUGUCCCUCUCCUCCCCAUCGCUUCUCUCAACUUUUAUCAUUAUUAUAAUUAUUAUUUCUUCCUUUUUAAAGAUAUCCCUCAUGGUUUUCGUCAGCGCAUUGGGUGGGGAGGGGCUCCUCAGAUGUUUAUGUGCUGUUUCAGCCAGAACUGAACACUUCUGAGUGUCGACAGUCUUUCUGCUGGCAGCCAAUCACAACAACAGUGUCUUGGUUUUGAUUGGAUGAAUGUUGCCCAUGGUUGGUUUCUGUUGAUUUGAAGGUGUAGUAUUCAGUAGUCUGUUGUGGUUUUCUUCCAUUGUGGGUCAGAUGUGAGCCUCUGCCAUUUUGUCCAGGGUCACAGUUGACAUGAAAAUAUAUUGAAAUGGAAGCACUACCUAAGCUUAAUAAGAAUUCUUUUUCAUUUCACUCGGGUUUAUGUUCUUAACAAUGCCCUUGGCUAUAUUGUUUCACUGUGUUUUAAUUCUUUGCAUUUUUAGGUGCUUUGCUGAACAGUUAUGGGUCAUUUUCGUUUCCUCUUAAGAAAUUUAUUACCCAGGGAGCUUGUUGUUUGGUAUACACAAAUAUCAGAAUGGCGUCUAGUUGACUUUUGCAGGACCUGGACCAAUACUCCAAAGACUGAACUUUUUUUUUUCAUAUUUCAUAUACUUUGAUCAGUCUAACAACAAAGCAAGGUCAAAGCCUUUUCCUUGAAUGGGUGUUUGUAUCUGCAGUGCUCAGAGGAGCAGUGCUCUUCCUCUUCUCAUUGACUUUUGUGUAUUAAAUGAAAGCCCUUCAGUAGGUGUCCUUGGUACAACAGGAAGAUAGUGUUAAUUGAUCCAAAAUUUUCAUAAGUGUAAAAAAAAAAGAAAAGAAAUGAGCAUAGGAAGUUCAACACAUGAGAUGUAUGUCAAAUUUGAGUUGGCAGGAUGGGGGCAGUAUAAGGGAAAAUUUCCUGACUUGUGUUCUGUUUUUUUCUUUUUUUCUGUUGAAGUGGGCCGUUGGCCUGUCCUACGGCAUUCGUUUUUUUUCCCCACUUGUGGUCUUUACAUUGUCUUGGGGUGGUUUGUGGGAGGGAAUAUUUGGACAGCUGUCCCUCCAUCAGAUGUCUCCUCUUCCCAAAUGUCUUGGUAGUGUAUCGGGGCUGGCGGUGUGGGCAGUUGAUUCUGGUUGUUUGUAAGGGGCAGCUUUCCAGUAUGAGUGUAAAUGCACAACAAAAACCGGUAUGUUGCAUCUGCAUCUUUUGGAGACAUGCAGGGUUCUUCUAUAAUAACCUUCAGACUAACAUUUGGUACCUGGUGUGUGAUGGGCAUUGACAAUGGGGAGACUUCUGUUGUGAUUGCUGUGGAAAACUAAUAACUUGUCAAUUAAACAUCAAGGACGUCUCCUGCAGUGACGAGCGAGCGUCUCCAAUAUUUACCGAGUGACUUACAGACUUUUGUUGUUUUUGUGGGGGGAGGGAGGGGAGUUAUCUUAUGGCGCUGGGGAGAUCGAUUUUAUGUACCCACAGGUCUUGUCAUUUUUGUUUCUCUACUGAUUUGUACAUUAUUUGUUGUCUUUUACUACUGUAUAC